UUGAAUAAAAGAAAAUCUCAUUGUAAUGAUGAAAAUCUAAUGAAAUUAGAUCGUAAUAUUUUAAAAAUUAUGACCAUCGGUCGAUGGGGAAGAAAAUUUCCAACAAAUAUUGAUGAAGUACGAUCAUAUUGUCGUGAAACAUCUGAAAUGACCAAAGAAGCGGAAAAAUUUGCAAAUGAAUGUUUUUCCAUUGAAAUCGGUAAUACUGCUAAAUUGUUUCUAUUCGGUUUAAAACGUAUGACAAGACAAAUGUGUCAACGACGUAAAAAUCGUCGUCUUUCAAUAAUGUUAUCAAAUGCUGCCUGUCGUAAUCGUAUUGUUUCAAAUGAUCCAUGUCUUUCAAUUGUAACUAAUCAAACAAAAGAUUUAAUACCGUUAAAUAUUGGUAAAGAUAAAAUUAAUUUUAUGUGCUGCUAUUAUGUACAGUUAUUGAAAUGUGAACUAAGUUAUUAUGGACAACAAUCAUGUUCGAAACAAGAUAGUCUUGAUAUGUGGAUUGAUUUAAUACGUUCAGUAAAUGAAGAUUCAUUAAAUUUUGCUUGUGGUGAUUAUAAUGAACAUACUGAUCGUUGUGAUACAAUUGGUGAACCGGAUUUUAGUCGAAAAAAUUCAUCGAUAAAAGUUGAUAAACGUUUCAAUUCGUUUAUGGUUACUGCAUUAGAAUUAUUUGAAUCAUUAGCAUAAAUUUUAAAAAAAUUAAUUUUCUCGU